UCUCUCGCACACACGCACCACAACACAACCAAUUCCUCACUUUUGAAACAAGUUUCAGCAGAGUGAGAAACUUGCAGGGGAAAGGAAUGGCUUCAACUUCAGCAGUUUCAAUGUCUCUCCCACUAACUCACACCGCCCAGAAGAAGGUGGUGCCCACUUCCCAGGCAUUGUUGAAGGCACCGUUAUCUCUGCGAACUUCAAAGGGUGUGGCAGUGUCCAAACCCAAUGGGAGGUUUGAGGUGAGGGCAUCCAUGAAAGAGAAAGUUGUGACGGGUUUGACUGCAGCUGCAUUGACGGCUUCCAUGAUGGUUCCGGAUGUGGCUGAAGCCGCCGUAACGCCUUCCCUCAAGAAUUUCUUGCUCAGUAUCGCCGCUGGUGGAGUUGUGGCUGUCGCGAUUAUCGGUGCCGUCAUUGGUGUUUCCAACUUCGACCCCGUCAAACGAAGCUGAGGGCUUUUCUAGAGUUUAUCUGUGUUCUUCACUGUUGAACUCUCCCUUUUUUAACAUGUGAUUAUCUCCCUUUGGACCAAUUCUUGCAAUGUAAUGAAUCAUUUUGGCGUAUCAUAUAAACAUCUUCAUCGCUUA